AUGUCUCGGCCACAAGGAAGAAAGCAAGAGAACCACAAAAUAAGCAGAGAACUUUUGGUACUCACAUAUGGGGCUUUGGUAGCCCAGCUGUGCAAGGACUAUGAAAAAGAUGAAGAUGUCAACACCUGUUUAGAUAGAAUGGGAUAUGGCAUUGGCAUAAGGCUGAUUGAUGAUUUUUUAGCUCAUUCAGCUGUGAAAAAGUGUCGCAGUUAUUCUGAAACCGCAGAUAUGAUUGCCCAGGUUGCUUUCAAGAUGUACCUUGGGGUCACCCCUAGUGUGAGCUGCAGUAGUGCAGCAGGAAACGAAUUCUCCUUGAUCCUGGACAAAAACCCACUAGUGGACUUUGUGGAGGAGCUACCAGCAGAAAGAGCAUCACUUUGCUACUGUAACCUCCUCUGUGGCGUGAUUCGAGGUGCCUUGGAAAUGGUUCACUUAGCAGCAGAAGUUACCUUCCUCCAGGACAGGCUGAAGGGCGAUGCUGUGACAGAAAUAGGAAUUACGUUUUUAAGGAAGGCUGAAGACAGAAAGCACAAAAGAAAUAAAUGA